AUGCCGACUCUCGCAUUGAUCAAUUUCAAUAUCGUCUGUGCUACGCUUGGAGGCUUUGUAUCCAUCUUCGGCCUAGUAUCAUAUCUAUGCAAGGAGCGAUUUUAUCUCUCGGAAGCAUUGAUCUCGUUGCUGGCCGGAGUCGUAUUUUCACCUCAUGCAGCCAAUUUUAUCCGGCCUGAGGACUAUGCAUUGCACUCUUCGGAAAACCUCGCGGCAAUUACCUUGCACUUCACCCGCCUGGUGCUGGGUGUGCAGCUGGUUUUAGCCGGUGUCCAGCUUCCUAAACGGUACCUGCACGUCGAAUGGCGGAGCUUGUCCUUGCUGCUUGGCCCCGGCAUGGCGGCCAUGUGGAUAUGUAGCAGUCUGAUUGUUUGGGCCAUGGUCCCGAAUUUCAAAUUCCUGCAUGCUCUGAUUGUGGCGGCGUGUGUGACGCCGACGGAUCCUGUCCUGUCCAAUUCGAUUGUCAAGGGCAAAUUUGCGGAUAAGCAUGUCCCACGACCCCUGCAGCGAAUCAUUGUCGCAGAAUCCGGUGCUAAUGAUGGUCUGGGUUACCCAUUCCUCUUCUUUGGCAUCUAUCUUCUCAAAUACAUCGGUAUGGGUGGUGAGGGAUACAGCGGCGGAGCUGGAAAAGCCAUAGGCCUGUGGUUCUAUGAGACUUGGGUGUAUACCAUCAUUUUAAGUAUUGUCUAUGGAGCGGUGGUUGGCUGGAUAUCGAGGAAGUUGCUCCACUGGGCUGAAGAGAAGCACUAUUGUGAUCGGGAGAGUUUCCUGGUAUUCGCUAUUGCGCUUGCUCUCUUUGUUGUUGGAACUUGCGGGCUUAUUGGUACCGAUGAUCUCCUGGCAUGUUUCAUCGCCGGAAAUGUGUUUACUCAGGAUGAUUGGUUUCGUCUUGAAACCAUAGAUGACUCCCUCCAACCAACCAUUGAUAUGCUUCUCAAUCUGUCCAUGUUCAUGUGGUUUGGUGCGGUUUGUCCGUGGUCAUCUUUCCUCAACAAUGACAUUAUCCCCAUCUAUCGGCUCAUCUUUUUGGGAAUUCUCAUUCUCCUGGUCCGUCGGAUGCCAAUCAUCUUCGCCAUGCAUAAAUAUAUCCACCAGAUUGAAGAUCUCUCACACGCCGCCUUUGUGGGAUUCUUCGGCCCAAUUGGCGUCGGUGCCAUUUUCUAUCUAUCGAUCUGUCGAGAGUUCCUCUUGGAGAUCAAAGUUGAUGGUCAAGUGCGAGAAGAUGCCCAACGGGUGGCAGAUACUGCCUCGAUUGUGGUGUGGUUCCUUGCGAUCUGCAGCAUUGUGAAUCGUACACGGACUAUCCGUUCCAGUCGGCAAAGCCGGCUAUCAUCUCCCCGGACCCUCUCAACCGCCAUUACAGCGAGUAGUACCGCUGAAACUGACCCGAUACCGAUUGAGGCAAUUCGCCGCACUCACAGCACUGCGACACCCAUUGAGAACGAUGCCUCGAGCUUCCGAAGCCGCAGACGCCGACAGUAUUCCUCGCCAACUCCGCCGUUGUUCCGUCUUGGCCGCUCAAAGAUCCCUUCGCCAUCGCCUUCCCAGGCUCAGCCUGGCGUUGGACAGACCGACGAACCAGAGAGACCUGUUAACCUGGUCAUUCACGAGCCGACGACAACUGCGGUGAGGCACGACGAUUCGUCCGCUUCCGCUUAG